AAAAAAAACAAAAACACAAGAUGUAUAAGACAUUGUUAUCUGCUGCUUGCGUUUUGUUCUUCGCUUGCAUGGUUACUGCCAUUACUCUUCCAGCAACUCCUUUGACCACAAGAAUUUAUCUUGGUGGUUCUUUCAAUACCUUGAACGGUACUAAAUACAACAAUAUUGCUUACUAUGAUUUGAAGGAAUCUGCUUUGAAGGCCAUGGAAAAUGGUACUGAUGGUGAAGUUAAGGUUGUCAAUGUUGAUGUAUACGGAAACGUUUAUAUUGGUGGUGCUUUCACUCAAGUCGGAACUAAGAAGACUGGUCCAGUUGCUAUCUGGAACAUUUACACUGCUGCUUGGAUUGAUACUGGUCUUUCUUCAUCAGAUUUCGUUGCUGGAUCUGUUGUUACUGCUAUUGAUACCGAUUGUACAUCCCUUCCUGACUCAAUGUCUAUCUCUGGUCUUUUCCCUUGUGACAUUUUUGUUGGUGGUAAUUUCAAGGCCUCUGUCUCCGGUAGUACUGCCACAAACUUCUUGUAUUAUCACAACAAGAAUAAGAAGUGGGAAACACAAACUGCUGUGAAUGCUACUUCUGUAACAGUUGUUGCCAAAAAUGAAUACCAAUUAAUCACAUACAAUAAGGUUUAUUAUGGUGGUAAAUUCUACGAUGCUAAUGGUAAGGAAUUUGGUCUUGCCAUCUAUGACACUACUAAUUCCCCUGGUGUUUGGACUCUUGUUGAUGGAGCCACUGGUGUUACUGAUAUCUAUUAUAAUCCAAAUAUUUUCAGCACUGAUAACAUUUUCGUUGCUGCUACUUCUUUCGCUAAGACUGAAUGUAAGGGUGUCUGUAACUAUAAUCACAAGUCUGCUGCUUGGUCUGCUGAUGCUGGUUCAGUUACCACUGGUGCAGUUAACAAGAUUAGAUACAUUAAGGGAUUGUCUGCCUCAAAUGUUGGUUCUAUCUUUGCUGGUGGUAAUGUCAAACGUGAUGGUACUGGCGAUUAUGCUGUCAUUGGUACUAACUAUCCUAAAGAAACUGUUCUCGGUAUGGAUAUUUGUGGUCUUUUCAGUCAAUACACAAUUACUGGUUGCAAGUCUGGAUCAGUAGCUGUUGGUGGCCAAAACUUCUUAAAGUUCUAUGAUGCUAAUGCUAACUCAUGGAAGUCUCUCCUUUCUGAAACUGGAUUUGUUGUUAACAGCAUUUAUGUCAAGACCUCUUCUGCUGUUACUUCAACUGUUUCAUUUGCUUUAAUGGCUGUUGUUGCUAUUGUUUGUUUCUUCUUCUAA